GAAAUUCCUUUCACGUGUUUUUGUGGAACAACAUCCGUAUCAGAGGGUCCACGCAUAUGAAUGAGAAUCUCCGGCAGUGAAACAACAUGGACAGAAGUCGUGUCAAAGUUAUUUUGUUCGAUUUGGACAACACGUUGAUUGAUACAGCUGGAGCGGGACGGAUUGCCAUUGAAAGGGUUUGUGACUUCUUGAAAACUUCGCUUGGACACGAGGAAAUCAUUAGGGAUAUAUGUCAGAGGUUUGCCGUCAAGCUUCGCCACGAAUCUUUCGACCCUAACUAUGGCAGAAAUAUCGACGAGGUUCGCAUUGAUCAUUGGCAACAAUCGAUUCGGGAAUGUGAGGGAGUGGAUCGGGGCAGACCUCUGGCGGCGGAGUGCUACCGCAUUUGGAAAGGUACUCGUCUUCAACUGCUGACCUUUGCUCCCCCGGUCCGCACGAUGCUCGAGGAGCUCAGGAAAACACACAGGUUGCUACUACUGACCAACGGAGAGUCGCAGACCCAACGAGAGAAGAUCCAGGCGGUGGGCUGUGCGGGAGAGCUAUUCAGUGGCUUGGUUGUAGGGGGAGAACACCCGGAGGAGAAGCCCGCUGUCUCCAUCUUCACGCACUGCUUCCGCCAACUGGGUGUCCUGCCCCAAGACUGCAUCAUGGUGGGGGACUCUCUGGACACUGACAUUCAGGGGGGAUUUAAUGCUGGGGUUCGUGCCACUGUGUGGGUCAACCCUAACGGCCAGAUACCCCUGGAAGGCUCGGUUAGACCAGAUUACACAAUUGCAACUGUGCUGGACCUACCUGGUGUGCUUGCCGCCUUGAAAUAAUGUAUACACUUAAACAAACUAUUUAUGGAUGUGAUGAGAACAAUUCUUUGUAUUAUUGUUAUACAUGAAGCUGUUGUUGACUUUUUUGUUAUUUUGAGUGAUGUGCAGCUGAGGCGUUUUGAAACACUGAAAUGAAUAAAGAUACUAUUGCAUUA